GAAGAGGAAGACCCGGAAGUGUUGAAACCCACGGCGAGACCUGGAAAUAAUGUACAGAACCCUGCGUUUUACUUUAAAAAUAGUGUCUUAAAUAUUGACCCUGGGUAUUUUUGACCGUGUGCAGACGUGUCAACAUGUGAAGUCAGGCUGCGGGACAGGUCAGAUGCGGAGCAGCAUGGGCUCGAGUAGCAGGACGACUUCCCGCAGCGUUCCAGCUGUGCUGCUGUGCCUCAUUGCCUUACUCAUUGGCAAUGUCUUGAUCUACCUGUAUCUGGACUCGCUCUAUCAUACUGAUGAGCAGCCAGUGUCUUCUCCUUCCGGUUGUCCGCCUGCACACUUUAAAAUGGCUGCAAUGAAAACCUGCUGGCCGUGGCUCCAAUGUCCACAGAUAAAGUCUGAAGUUCGCAAGUUGAAGCUCAUUGGCCAGGGAGCAGUGAAGCAGGUCUAUCUGUCUGAGUGGAAGGGCCAGAAGGUGGCGUUAUCCCGGCUGUCCGCUCCAGAGUACCUGGAGGACUUCCUUCAUGGCUUAUCCAUGUUGCAGGCCCUGCAGGGGCCCCAGGUGGUUCAGUUGGUUGGAUUCUGCCCUGAGGACCACAGCCUGGUCACUGAGUACCACCCACUGGGCUCCCUGCUUAACCUGGACAAUGUGUUGGCACAAGACCGGCACCGUCAACACGAUACCUGGCAGGUCCGCCUCAGGCUGGCUGUGGACUACGUCUCCAUCCUCCAUUACCUCCACAACAGUCCGGUAGGCUGUCGUGUCAUGUGUGACUCAAACAGCCUGGAAAAAACUCUCUCCCAGUUCUUGCUGACCAAUGACUUUCACCUAGUGGUCAAUGACCUGGAUGCCCUGCCUGAGGUACACUCAUCCAGAGGCCAGUUAGUGAAGUGUGGCCACCGCGAGCUCACCGGAGACUUUGUGGCCCCAGAGCAGCUGUGGCCAUUCAGCGACUCUGGUCAGCCAUUUUCUGAUGAGCUCAUGCCUGGAUACGAUGAACGGACAGACAUCUGGAAGAUUCCAGACGUCACGUGGUACCUGAUGGGAAGGGUACCCGGUGGUGAUGUGGUCCACUUCCAUCUAUUUCAGAUCCAUGAGCAGUGUAAGAGGAGAGAGCCUAAGCUUCGCCCUUCAGCUUUGGAUGUUUUGAAGGUCUACAAAUCGGUCUAUGUCAAUAUGGUGCGAGACAGCACUGGCUCUAGAGACAUGCUGUAGAAAGGAGACUGACAAAACUAAAGGACCACAUCAGUGAUUUUGAAUGUUUGCCCAUUUACUACAAUUAAACCACAUUUUACAUUGCAACACACCAUUCUGCCAAUCAUGUGAGGGUAACAAUUUCACAACAUGUAAUCAAAAUCCCUCACUUUUCAAAUUGGAAUUUUGGAUUGAAAUACCUUUUAACAACGCAUUAUGUAAUAACACCACAUUUUGUCAUAGCUUGUUUUCCCUCAUUUUUUAUAACUUUCUGCAUUUUGUUAUAAAAAUCCUGGAAACAGUUGUUCCGUAGGAAGUGAAUUCAUUUUCUUCUCUAUGUGGGUCUUCAUUGUUGAACUUGUGACCCAAUAGAAUUUCAAAAAGUUCUGCAUUUAUCUUGAAUCUCCCUCUAUCUCCUGCAGUCGGCUUCCAAGGUUAGGGGGCAGCUGUGUAUUUUGGUACUUUCAAAAUGUGUGAAAACACUUCAUCACUAAUAGUCUCAUCAUGUGAUAAGUUAUCACAAAAUACAGGGGAACAUAUUCGAUUAUAUGUUCAAAGUUUUUAAUUACAUAAUGCAGCAUAGUUACACACCUACCCUUUAAUAUUCUACCUCUGUGGCUAACAAAGUCACCAGUCAUAAACCAUUGAACUGAUAAUUGGCUGUUCAGAGCAAACGUUUGCCUGGGGACUAUUUUCCAGCAGAGGGACCAUUUCACUCAAUUUCACUCUCACCCAAUUUCAUGUCAUCCAAACAUAACAGUGCUGCUGCUCUUAGGAAAAGUCAUGUGGAGGACUUUAUUACGGUGAUGGAACUGGUGUGAAGAAAGUUUGAAGUCUCUGAAAGUUCAUUUUCAUAUCGUAGUGGAAUGAAUGGAAACCAAAGGCUGGAUAGAAAGGUUGAAAAAAUGAUACUAAGUUCUAAAAUAUGGCUUCAUGCUCUCGGAAAAGAUUAAAUGAAAUGUGAAGUAUAAAUAUUUUGUAGAUAUUAUGCUAAACAUGCAGAAUCACUGGUCUGGUCCUUUUUAAGAGUGUGAAUGUAUUCUCUCUGCAAAAAGAUUUUUAUAGUUACGGUUUUACAGUGUUUCCCAGUAAUAUUUGUAUAUAAAAUAUAUAGAGAGGUGUGGAAUAUAGAUUUGGGGUGUUUGUUGUUCAGUGCCAGGUUGUUUU